CUAAGACAGAGUAUAUGGAGUGUAGUUUUAGUAACAGUAACAAUGGAAGUAGAGGAGAAGUGAAGAUUGAGAAUCAAGAACUACCUAAGAGUGAAUAUUUUUGUUAUUUAGAAUCGAUUAUUACAACAACUGGGAAGAUUGGAGAGAAUGUGGUCCAUAAAAUUAAGGCGAAGUGGCUUAAGUGGAGAAGUGCGUCUUUACUGUAUGAUAAACGAGUACCUACUAGACUAAAAGGGAAGUUCUAUAAAAUGACUAUUAGACCCAGUGUUGUGAAAAGCGCGCCUAGGCGCAAGGCGAGGCGAGGUGCACUGCCUGCGACUAAACAGAUACCAGGCGAGGCGCUUUUAGUUAGGCGCGCGCCUUAGCAGCGACUGGAACCAGGCGAGAGAGGCGCAAGGCUCUCACCUAGGCACGACUAAUUGUUUAAGAGGUAGAUCUGAUCUAACGACUCAGAUGAACCUUUCGAAUGGCUCGUAAUCACAGAGGAUUACAACUCAUGUACCAUAUGAGCCAAAUACGACUCAGAUGAACCCUAAUCGAAGUCGUCUCUUCCUCUUUCGCCUAGCAAUCGACUUCGACUGGGCUGCUGGAGCUGGACUUCGACUGCGACUGCGACACUGGACUUCGACUUCGGCUUCGCAGGUCUGUUCGACUUCGACUCUCUCUCCCCUUCUCCUUCUUCUUCGUCUUCGACUUUCAGUUCUGCUCUCUUUUUUUUCUUUUUUUUUUGGCCUUCGACUUCUUCAGUGCUCUGUUUUGCCUUCGACUCUUCCUCUCUCUCCUUCUUCAGUGCUCUGUUUUGCUUCCUUUUUUUUUCUUUUUUUUUCAAUUAUUUGAGUUGAGUCUUUGAAAAAAAAUGUAAGAGAAUAAUUUACAAAAAAAAUUACAAAAAUUAGGAGAAAAAAAAAUUAUUUGUAAUAUGUAAGAGAAGAAUUUAUCUGUUAGGGACAAAAAAUUACAAAUAAUUAAUUAUUUGUAAUAUGCUAUUGAUAUUUUUUUUCCUUUAUCUGUUAGGGAAAAAAAAUUACAAAUAAUUAAUUAAUACAAUGUGGUAUUGGUCUUUUUUUUUCCUUUAUCUGUUAGGGAUUAAAUUUGUUUUCCAUUUAUUCUUUUAAUACAAUUAUUUUUCCAUUUGUUAAAUUUGUUGUGUAGAAAAUGACAUCGGAAAGUAAUAGAAAAGAUCCGGCGUGGCAAUAUGCCCAUUUGGUAGAGGAGAAUAAUUUAAACAAGUUCGAGUGUAAUUUUUGUGGUAAAGUAUCAAAUGGAGGUUUUUAUCGGGUGAAACAACACCUCGCGGGAGGUUAUAGGAAUGUCACUGCUUGCCCGAAGUGUCCUUCUCAUGUAAGAGACGAGAUUAGAGAGUUCAUGUCAAAAAAAAAGACACAAAAAGAACAAAUGAACAUGUUGUCUGAUUUCGAUGACAUAGACAUGGAAGAUGAAGAUGAAGAUGAAGAUGAAGAUAUCGUUGAGAUCAAUGUCAAUCAACACCGUAAGUUGACAAGUAGUAGCCAAGGUUCAUCCAAAUCCAAAUCAAAAAUGCCAAAGAGAAAAGGGCCUAUGGAUGUUUACUUCACACCCAAUCCUGAAUCAGUGGUGAAAAAUCGAAGAGACCAAGCAAAAGGGAAACAAACCAAAAUUGAUGCAAAUGACCCUUACAAAAAAGAAAUGAGAGCUCAGGCAAUGCAAAGAUUUGCAAGGUGGAUGUAUGAUGCCGGUAUCCCUUUUAAUGCAGUAAAUUAUGAGAGUUUUGGACCAAUGAUUGAAGCCAUCGGCCAACAUGGUCCUGGUAUAAAGCCACCGACUUAUCAUGAAGUGCGGGUUACCCAACUCAAAAAAGAAGUGAAACAUACUGAAGAUUUGAUGAAGAAUCAUAAAGAGGAUUGUGCAAAAUACGGGUGUUCCAUAAUGGCUGAUGGUUGGACUGAUAAGAGAGGAAGGACAUUGAUUAAUUUUUUAGUUAAUUGUCUAAGAGGAACCACGUUUGUUGAAUCGGUUGAUGCGUCUAGCUAUUCAAAGGAUAGGCAAAAGCUAUUUGAAUUACUAGACAAGUUUGUGGAGAAAGUUGGAAAAGAAAAUGUGGUGUAAGUUAUCACUGAUAGUGCUGCAGCUAAUGUGUUGGCAGGGAGGUUUUUGGAAGCUAAGUAUGAACACUUGUAUUGGACACCAUGUGCUGCUCAUUGUUUGGACUUGAUGUUAGAAGACAUUUUCAAGAUACCUAGACUGAAAAAGACAUUUGAAAGGGGUAUUGCAAUACAUGGCUACAUU